AUGCCCAUCCCCAACGUCAUCAUCCAGAUUGCGUACAAGAACAAAAACCUCUACGGUCGGCGCGAGAAGCUCGACCUGUGGAUGCACCCUGACACGUCUGUGCAAGUCGCCAUUGGCGUCAUGAUCUUCCACCGAGGGAAGCACCGCGUGGCCAUUUUGCAUCAGCGCGGUCACGGGACGACCGAGCUCGAGUUUGGUCAACGCCGCGCCGAGACCCACGGUCUUGUGACCGAGAAGGAG